AUGUUAUUUUUAUUUAAGAGCCGCAGAAAUAAUUUUUUUUUCAAACAUUUACAAUUAAAAAAAGAACAUGACACUGAUUACGAAUAUGAAGUAACACAAGAUCCUCAAGAAUGGUCUCAUGUUGAAAAAUUAUUACCUUUUUCAUCAGUGCCAGUACCUGAAAAUAAAUCAAUUUAUCCUUCAGGUUGGAGACCCAUGAAAGAGGAAUCGUUAAAUCUUCCAUAUUUUGUUGAAAGAUCGAGAAAUUACAUGUUACCAGUUUAUCUUAAAUAUCCAAAAAGAGGAAAUGGUAAAAUAACAGUUAUAAAUAAGAUAAGAGGAGAUAUAUGGGGUUUAUACAAUGAAUUACAACAACAUUUAUAUAAUGUAACUAAAAAACCGAGAAUAUUUUCAAUUGUACACGAAGGAAAUUGUAAAAUACAUAUCAAAGGUGAUUAUGUGUAUUAUGUUGAACAGUGGUUAUUAAGUAAAGGAUUUUAA